UUGUUCUUUUUGCCAGCUACCUCAUCUCAGUCAUUCAUCCCCACUUUUUCUAAGCCACUCUAGUUGACUCUUUGAUUGCAUUGCUUGCUUGUGGCUGCUUAGAUGCUCCAUUGAAUCCCUCUCCUCAACCACUUUAUUUUUUGGGGGGCUUUUUCUUCAGAUCAAUGGCAAACAAUGGCCAUGGAUGAUGGCUUGUUGUUCAGAUCUUCUGCGUUUUGGUGUUUUAAACGAACCGUUCUAUAACCGGUUGAACCGUCCCGGUCCGAUUUUUAAACCCAUUGUUUUUUUUUUUCCUUGAUUGGUUGGCAGUUUUGCUUUUAAAAUAUGCGUCACCAACUAAUCAAAUUCAAUAUGCUUUUAAGCGUGAAGACUGAAAGAAAAGUCAAAUUCAAUGAUCCAACUAGUCAAUUCCCUUUUUUUUUCUUUCCCAUCACAGUGAAAACGGACCAAAAUCUUAAGACUUAUAAAUGCUGUGGGGAGAGCUCAGACAUUUUACAUAGAAUUCUGAAUCAGUUUGCAACUUGUAAAAGAAAGACACAUGGCAUUGACUAGCUUCAAAAAAGUGUUUUCUCUCGUUGCUCUGUUCGCGUUGGUCAUGUUACGUUUCUCAUUCAAUGUUGCUUCUGUUUCUGUGAAAGAAGAGGCAGAGGCAGAAAUAGAUGCUCUACUCAAAUGGAAAGCCAGUCUUCAAAAUGAAACAGUGUCACAGCCACCCCUGCCUUCAUGGACUCUCCUUCCAAAUAAUGCAACCAAUGCUUCCAACAAUCAAAACACCAGCUCAACCCCAUGCAGUUGGUUUGGCGUUUCUUGCACCCAUGCCGAAAGUGUUACUAGAUUAAACCUGACGAACUCAGGCCUGAAAGGUACACUUCAUGAAUUUCCAUUCUCAUCUCUCCUUAGUCUUGUUUAUGUUGAUCUUAGCAUGAAUGAACUCUUUGGUACAGUCCCUUUUGAAAUUAGUCACCUCUCCAAACUCAUAUAUAUUAAUCUGUCCUUUAAUAACUUUUCGGCGCAAAUCCCACCACAGAUUGGCCUACUGACCCAUCUUAAGGAGUUGGACCUUAGUGAAAAUCAGUUAAACGGCUCAAUUCCCAUAGAAAUAGGUAAUUUGAGCAACCUGGCUUACUUGUAUCUCAAUAAUAAUCAACUCUCUGCCUCCAUUCCACCAGAAAUUGGAAACCUUACCAAUUUACUUAUUCUUGAAAUAAGUCACAACAAUCUAAAAGGUUUCAUCCCUCCUAGUAUUGGAAAAUUUGAAAAGCUAAUAUGGUUGCACAUGUAUGAAAAUCAGCUCUCUGGCACCAUCCCCAUAGAAAUAGGGAAUUUGAAGUCUCUUGUAUCUAUAGGCCUUUAUACAAAUUAUCUUUCUGGAUCCAUACCCAAGUCGUUAGGAACUCUGAGCAACAUAUCUAUCUUAUAUUUAUAUGAAAAUCAACUUUCUGGCACCAUUCCAGAAGAAUUAGGAAACUUGAAGUCCAUAAUUGACCUUGAUCUCAGCAUAAAUCAGUUAAAUGGUACUGUUCCAAUUUCCUUGGGCAAUUUGAGCAACUUAGAAUGGUUAUCCCUCCGCGAUAAUCAAUUUUCUGGUCCCAUUCCUCAACAGAUAGGAAAUCUAACAAAGUUGGCUGUGCUACAGCUGGAUACAAACAACUUCACUGGUUUUUUGCCUCAAAACUUAUGCCAAAGUGGUUCUCUUCAAAAAUUGUCCGCAAAUGACAAUCAUCUCAUAGGUCCAAUUCCAAAAACUUUGAGGAAUUGCACAAGCUUAAUAAGAAUCCGCCUUCAAGCCAACAAAUUCUUUGGAAAUAUAUCUGACGAUUUUGGUGGCUAUAGUAACCUGGAGUUUGUAGACCUCAGCUACAAUAGAUUUUAUGGUGAAAUCUCACACAAUUGGGGGAGGUGUCCACAACUAACUACCCUACGGAUUGCUGGGAACAAUAUUAGUGGUGGCAUACCACCUAAUAUUGGAAACAUCAUUCAAUUCCAGGAACUUGAUCUUUCUUGUAAUGGGUUAGUUGGGAAGCUUCCAAAGGAAUUUGGGAAGUUGACUUCUUUGGUGAAGUUGAAGUUGAAUGGAAAUCAACUUUCUAGUGAUAUACCUUUGGAGCUUGGAUCAUUAACAAAUCUUGACUAUCUAGAUCUAUCCAAUAAUAGAUUUGAUAAGUCAAUCCCUAGAAAUAUAGGGAACCUUUUGAAACUAAACUAUUUGAAUAUGAGCAACAACAAGUUUAGCCAUGAUAUUCCAAUUCAAAUGUGUGUUUUAUCCCAUUUGUCCAAGCUAGAUUUAAGUCAUAACUUGCUCGAAGGAGAGAUACCUUCACAAAUUGGCAAUCUUCAGAGCUUGGAGAUGUUGAAUGUCUCCCACAAUAACCUAUCUGGUGUUAUUCCCAUUGCUUUUGAAGAAAUGCACGGCCUUUCUUAUGUGGACAUAUCCUAUAAUAAGUUGGAGGGUCAUCUUCCCAAUAGCAAAGCAUUUCAAGAUGCUUCCGUAGAAGCACUACAAGGUAAUAAAGGGUUGUGUGGAAAUGUUACCGGAUUGCAACCAUGUAUGGCAAGAAGACAAGUUUCAAAGAAGGGGCACAAAAUCAUUUUCUUGAUCAUUUUUCCUCUUUUUGGAACACUUUCACUUGUAAUGAUGUUUCUUGGAAUUUUCUUCAUUUAUCAAAGAAAAAGGAAGCACCCUUGCACAAACCAAGCAAAUAACAUGUACAAUGAAAAGGUGUUUUCGAUAGCAACUUUCGAUGGAAGAGCAAUGUACGAGGAAAUCAUUGAAGCAACCCAUGGUUUUGAUGCUAUGUUUUGCAUUGGAAAGGGAGGACAAGGAACCGUCUAUAAAGCAAAUCUACCAUCAGGAAACAUAGUGGCAGUAAAGAAACUCCAAUCUUUGGGUGAUGGUGAGAUUGCACAACAAAAAGAGUUCUUCAAUGAGAUAAGAGCGUUAACAGAAAUUCGACAUCGAAAUAUUGUUAAAUUUCAUGGCUUUUGUUCACAUUCACAAUACUCAUUUUUGAUUUAUGAGUACCUUGAAAAGGGUAGCUUGGACACAAUUUUGAGGAAUGAUGGAGAAGCUAAAGAAUUGGACUGGAAUAAGAGGGUGAACAUCAUUAAAGGUGUGGCUCUUGCUUUGUUUUACAUGCACCAUGAUUGCUCACCGCCAAUUGUUCAUAGGGACAUAUCAAACAAAAAUAUUUUGCUGGACUCUCAAUAUGAGGCUCAUGUUUCAGACUUUGGCAUAGCUAAGUUUCUUAAUUCAGACUCAUCCAAUUGGACUUCACUUGCCGGCACAUACGGAUAUAUUGCACCAGAGCUUGCUUAUACAAUGAAGAUAACUGAGAAAUGCGAUGUUUAUAGCUUUGGAGUUUGGGCUAUUGAAGUGAUCAACGGAAGACAUCCAGGUGAAAUGAUCCCCAUUCUAUCUGCUUCAAUUGUGGGGCAGAAUUUAUUGUUGAGAGAUUUGUUAGACAUACGCCUUCCACCUCCCACAGUUCAGGUUGAGAGUCAAUUGAUGGUCAUCACAAAGCUGGCAAUUACAUGCUUGCAUGCUAAUCCAGAAUGUAGACCAACUAUGCACAUGAUUUCUCAACUGUUAUCAACUCCAAAUCCACUUUCCUAGGGUCACACAGUCUCACCAAGAAAGCAAGGAUAUAGUGAAUUGUUUGGAAUGCUAUAUAAUCUAUCAAAUUUACGCUGCUGUAGGCGAUUGCCUUUUUAAGAUUAUGUAAUGCCUCUCGAGUACAACUAGCACUUUCACUGCAAGUAUCUACAAUGUGAUGAUAUAUGCUUUAUUGCCUUUUUGGUAUGCAUUAAAAAGACUUCAAAUGUAAAAUAAAGAUUAGGGACGUAUUGUAGUGAUCUUUGGUUUUCAUCAUUUAUAUUCCAACUGAUUUAGUUAAGGCAUAUCAAAACAAGAAGAAGAAGAAAGAUGUAGUUUCAAUAUGCUCUGCAUAUCCCUGUUGUGAAACUCCAAUCUUUGGGUGAUGGUGAGAUUGCACAACAAAAAGAGUUCUUCAAUGAGAUAAGAGCAUUAACAGAAAUUCAACAUCAAAAUAUUGUUAAAUUUCAUGGCUUUUGUUCACAUUCACAGUACUCUUUUUUCAUUUAUGAGUAUCUUGAAAAGGGUAGCUUGGACAAAAUUUUGAGGAAUGAUGGAGAAGCUAAAGAAUUGGACUGGAAUAAGAGGGUGAACAUCAUCAAAGGUGUGGCUCUUGCUUUGUUUUACAUGCACCAUGAUUGCUCACCGCCAAUUGUUCAUAGGGACAUAUCAAGCAAAAAUAUUUUGCUGGACUCUCAAUAUGAGGCUCAUGUUUCAGACUUUGGCAUAGCUAAGUUUCUUAAUUCAAACUCAUCCAAUUGGACUUCACUUGCCGGCACAAACGGAUAUAUUGCACCAGAGCUUGCUUAUACAAUGAAGAUAACUGAGAAAUGCGAUGUUUAUAGCUGUGGAGUUUGGGCUACUGAAGUGAUCAACGGAAGACAUCCAAGUGAAAUGAUCCCCAUUCUAUCUGCUUCAAUUGUGGGGCAGAAUUUAUUGUUGAGAGAUUUGUUAGACAUACGCCUUCCACCUCCCACAGUUCAGGUUGAGAGUCAAUUGAUGGUCAUCACAAAGUUGGCAAUUACAUGCUUGCAAGCUAAUCCAGAAUGUAGACCAACUAUGCACAUGAUUUCUCAACUGUUAUCAACUCCAAAUCCACUUUCCUAGGGUCACACAGUCUCACCAGGAAAGCAAGGAUAUAGUGAAUUGUUUGGAAUGCUAUAUAAUCUAUCAAAUUUACGCUGCUGUAGGCGAUUGCCUUUUUAAGAUUAUGUAAUGCUUCUCGAGUACAACUAGCACUUUCACUGCAAGUAUCUACAAUGUGAUGAUAUAUGCUUUAUUGCCUUUUUGGUAUGCAUUAAAAAGACUUCAAAUGUAAAAUAAAGAUUAGGGACGUAUUGUAGUGAUCUUUGGUUUUCAUCAUUUAUAUUCCAACUGAUUUAGUUAAGGCAUAUCAAAACAAGAAGAAGAAGAAAGAUGUAGUUUCAAUAUGCUCUGCAUAUCCCUGUUGUGAAACUCCAAUCUUUGGGUGAUGGCGAGAUUGCACAACAAAAAGAGUUCUUCAAUGAGAUAAGAGCAUUAACAGAAAUUCAACAUCAAAAUAUUGUUAAAUUUCAUGGCUUUUGUUCACAUUCACAGUACUCUUUUUUGAUUUAUGAGUAUCUUGAAAAGGGUAGCUUGGACAAAAUUUUGAGGAAUGAUGGAGAAGCUAAAGAAUUGGACUGGAAUAAGAGGGUGAACAUCAUCAAAGGUGUGGCUCUUGCUUUGUUUUACAUGCACCAUGAUUGCUCAUUGCCAAUUGUUCAUAGGGACAUAUCAAGCAAAAAUAUUUUGCCUGACUCUCAAUAUGAGGCUCAUGUUUCAGACUUUGGCAUAGCUAAGCUUCUUAAUUUAGACUCAUCUAGUUGGACUUCACUUGCCGGCACAUACGAAUAUAUUGCACCAGGUAAUGUACUCCAGUUUAAAAUUAAUGUAGAACAUAGAGUAUAUGAACAGAUUUGCAUGAUACUAUGUUUGUUUGCAGAGCUUGCUUAUACAAUGAAAAUAAUUGAGAAAUGCGAUGUUUAUAGUUUUGGAGUUUUGGCUAU